GCCGCGGGCCUCCUUCCCGACCUUGCGCCAUCUACACAUGUGACCAGUCCGGCUCCCCCUACCCUGACGGGACGACUUGCACCUACCAAUGCGACAAAAACCGUGGCUGCGCCGCCAUUCCGGAUACAACUACCGCAACCUGCAGCCACAGACAGUGGACCGGUCCAGAUAAAAGUUGGAGAUGCAGGAAAGGCUGCGGCCUGCCACCCAGCCCGCCCUGUACCGAGAUGUUCGGCUGCCAUCCUUUCUACAAAUACGGGGAAAGCUGCGAAUACCGGUGCUACAACGAGGGAGGUUACGCCAUGGAGGUGUCCGGGGACCGGAUCAGGACGUGCGUGAAGCCUGGGGAGUGGUCCGGAACAGACCUGGUCUGUGAAUGUAAAGAAGAGGAGGAAUGCUGCCGUCCCGACAUCAUCUUCGUCCUGGAUUACUCCGGGAGCGUUUCGGACUCAGACUUCCAGCAGGUCAAGGACUUCGUGGCAUCGCUGGUGGACCAGUUCGGGGACCUGGAGGCGCGCGUCGGCGUGCUCAGAUACAACCACGGGCAGAUGCUGGAGUUCCACUUGAACGCAUACAGCAAUAAACCACCUACGCUCCUACACAUAAAUGGCAUGCCAAUCACGACCACUGGCGGGACCCUCACCGGUGCAGCUCUCAGCUACGUGGCCAACACCAUGCUGCUGCCUGGCAACGGGAACCGCGCGGACGCUGCAGAUGUAGUCAUUGUUCUCACUGACGGCUUCUCAGGCGAUUCCGUGACGGGUCCGGCCUCGGUCCUCCACAGCAUGGGCGUGCAGACCUUCGCCAUCGGCGUCGGGAGUUGCGUCAGCGACGCGCAGCUGCACGACAUCGCCAACUGUGACGACCACGUCUACAAACUGGCGGACUUCCGGGGACUGGAAAACAUCACGGCCAUGGUCCACGACCAGAUCUGCUGCGACGAGCCCAGACGUGUAUGCAGGUACCAAGGCUGUUUUGCAGACAAACGCGAACGUAAGUUCCCCCACGUUAAAAUUGAGGAUCGAGAGAUGACUAACGCCCUGUGCUGCAAGCACUGCCAUGACAAGGGAUUCCCUUAUUCCGCAACCGAAUUUGGAAAAGAAUGUCACUGUGGGACAACAGCAAACUUCGACGACCUGGACCCCCCGUUACCCAACACUCUAUGUAACAUGCUGUGCCCCGGAAAUCAGAACGAGGAUUGCGGAGCACACUGGAAAAUGUCCGUGUAUAGCACAAUCGACGACUGCCCAGAGGACUACGAACGCGUGACAGCGAACGGACCGUGCCUGCGGUUCUCUACAGACCGUCAGACCUACCAACAGGCUAGGGAUAUCUGCCAGGCUGAAGGCGCGCGUCUGGUGGUCAUCAAAUCUGCUGUUUUGGAUGCCGCCAUCGACAACCGCAUCCAAACAACGUACGCCUACGAGACCUGGAUCGGACUGGACGAUCUGACUGCUCCUGCCUCGCAGUACGUUUGGAGUGACGGCAGCGUGCUGGGACCUGGUGACUACAGCGACUGGUCAACCGGCCAACCGGACACGAUUUACGGGGAGAAAUGUGUGGAGAUCCGCCCAUGGAGCCCGUUCAACUACCGAUGGAACAACCAUUUCGGCUAUAUACUCAAGAAUUACAUUUGCGAGAUAGCCGUGCCUCCCCACUGCUGCCCCCGCCCUCCGGCAGUGGGAGAUGAUCCCGGGUAUGCCUGCGCCGAGGAUCACAAGUACAGGCCGUCCCCUCAGAUUGCCUGCAGGCCAGUCGCCGAGGAAAUACCGGCCGGUGGAGAUGGAGACGUUGUUGGUUAGAGGUUAGACUCAGGUUAGGCUCCCUAUUUCAGAUGGAUAGUUCAGUCUUUUGAGACUGACUGGCACAGAGAUAGGGGGAGCGAGAGAGAGGAAGAGAGAGAGGGAGAGAGAGGGGGAGAGAGGGAGAGAGAGAAGGAGAGAGAGAGGGAGAGAAAGGGGGAGAGAGAGAGGGAGAAAGAGAGAUAGUUUCACACGCACACAGAGUAGAGUUUGGCAGUUUCGACUGUCAUUACAUCAGCAGAGAAAACCGUGCUUUAUCCAGAAUCAUGCUCCGGCACUGUUCAGGAUAGUCUACGAGUAUCCAGAACAGUGAAUCCUGGGAGCAAAUCUACGUUCUCUGAUAUGCGGAGACUAUCCAGAACCGUACACAAAUC